AUGGCCGACCUGCCUAAAGAGCGAAUUCAGGCCUCGCGCCCAUUCAUAGUCACCGGUGUGGACUACUGUGGGCCAUUUUAUUACAAGCCUGAAGUACGCAAUAAAUCGCCCCACAAAUGUUAUGUAAGCGUUUUCAUUUGCUUCGCCACAAAGGCUGUAUGGAUGGAGUUGGUAAGAGACCUCUCAACAGGUGCUUUCAUUGACGCGCUAAAACGAUUCAUCGCUACGCGUGGCAUACCCAGCUGCAUCUGGUCUGACAAUGCGACGAAUUUUGUAGGCGCCAAGAACGAGCUUAAGGAACUACGGAACUUAGCCCUCAGCGAGAAACACCGCAGCGAAGUCUACAACUUUUGCCUCAGUAAUGGCUUUGAUUGGCGUUUCAUCCCACCUCGCUCUCCGCACUUUGGCGGUUUGUGGGAAGCGGCCGUAAAAACAGCCAAACAACAUUUCUAUCAUUCCGUUGGCUCAUCACUGCUUGGCUUCGAUGAAUUGCGUACUUUG